UUGCCGAGUCGCCAGAAUAAAAAUGGUGAUGCGCGAAAUCAAUCAGAUCUGGAUCAUCUGAUCGAGUCAGUCACUGAAAUGAGAUGCGAUGAGGGUCAAGUUCCUCAUUUCUCUCCUGGCCGCCGCUGCCGGCUUGAGCGUGCUCGCCAUCUUCGUCUACACCCAGCGUCUGGGGUCGCAAAUCUACGAGCCUGAUAACUUCUUCUUAACACCCUUUCCCUCGCUCGUGGAUCCCGACUCGGCGCCCGAUUUGUUUCAUCUCCCUCUGCGCACCAGCGGUCGCAAUAUCGUCAAUAGCAGAGGGGAGAGGUUUAAGUUGAGUUCCGUCAAUUGGUAUGGCGGCAGCGACCUCCUGUUCGUGCCCGGUGGCCUCGAUGUGCAACAUCGCGAUGAUAUCGCUAGAACCAUCCGAAGUCUGGGGUUCAACAGCGUGCGCUUACCGUACUCGGACGAGAUGGUGAUGGACAAUCCCAUGAUUUCCCCGGACCUAUUGCUCGCAAAUGAGGACUUGAUGGGACUUCGGGCGUUGGAUAUUUAUAUCGCUGUCGCCGAAAGCUUAGCUGAGGCAGGUGUGGCUGUCAUUAUCAACAACCACAUCACCCAAGCGACCUGGUGCUGUGGCAUCAAUCUGUGCGAUACGGCCUGGUAUAACAACCAUCUGGGUCCAGCGUGUCGGGUCAGUCAAACCGAAGAGCAAUGGAUCAAGAACUGGGAAAUGGUGAUGGCGGCCUUCAUCAACGUCCCACUCGUCAUCGGAGCCGACCUGCGCAACGAACCACGAGGAUUAUGGGGGACGAUGCCCUGGAAGAAAUGGGCGUCGGCAGCUGAGCGAGCUGGGAAUCGAGUCCUCGCCCUCCGAGACGACUGGUUGAUCUUCGUCGAAGGUGUUUCCUCUUCCAACGAUCUAUCAGACGUCAAGACCCGCCCUAUCGUCCUCGAUAUCCCCGACCGAGUCGUCUACUCAGCGCACGUCUACAGCUGGUCCGGAUGGGGCAGUCUCGAAGGCAUGUACGCCAAGCGACCAUUCCCCUCCUUCGUCAAAUCCAUGAACGAGAACUGGGGAUACCUCCUCGAGCACGACAUCGCGCCCGUCUGGGUCGGUGAGUUUGGCGGCCCGCACGAACCCGGUGCCGGAGAUCUUCACUAUUGGAGGAAUUUGAUGAGGUAUCUGAAGAUGGUCGAUGCGGAUUUUGGGUAUUGGGCGCUGAAUCCGAGGAAGCCUGCUAAUUAUGAUAAUGAGACUUAUGGGUUGCUGGAGGAUGAUUGGGAGACGCCGAUUCUGGAUUAUAGGUUGAGGGAUAUGAUUGAGCUUGGUAGGCAGGAAAAGGUACCUGUGUAUGGAUAGAUUGUGUGCUUUUGGGUUGGAAAAGUGCUUUGGUGUUUGGUUUAGAGGUUGGACUAGAGUGUGAUCUUUUUGUUUCCUGGUGGACGAUGGUAUGAAUAUGGUGUACUGGAAGAUACUUAGCAUGGCUCGCUGGGCUUGGAUUUUACAUUGUAUUCAUUCAUGGGAGGUGUAUAGUAUGUUUCUGGAUGGGGCUCAAGGACAUAGGUGCGGGAGGACAUUGGACAUUGCAUGCGGCGUAGCAUUUACAUAGGCGUACGAGAUAUGAUUAUGAUUAUGCAUCAUGAAUAUACAAACACACCUUCCACU